AUGGGCUGCUGUAAAUGCUGCACGCCGAAGGUGCAGGCCAUCGUGGGCCUGUCUAUUGCUCCGCUGAACUUUGCAAUUCUCAUCUGGGCAAUUGCAGAGAAAGUCAGAUGGACUCCGUUCUAUGUGCCUAUGGAGUGCGACUCGCCGACCCCCGAUGGCGUGAGGCUCUCAUUGCUCAGCAUGCCAUCUCCUUUUGCCGAGUCCAUGGGUUUGACACCGGGGUCUCCUCCACAUGGCAUCUACACGAACAUGACUGUCACGACCGCCUGCUUCAACCCGGGUCAGGCACAGACAACCAUUCUGGCUGCAGGUUUCGAGGCUGUCGAGCUGGCACCGAACCUCACCGAUCUGGAGAACGGCGGCUUCGGUCUGCCGUAUACGGAGAGUGCGAGGGCACACUUGGCUGGGGAUGCGGUGUAUCCCAUCGGGGGUCGGGGCGAGAUGGUGACCGUCGUGCAGACGGCAAUGACCAUGGAGAACAUUUUGGCGAGCAUGACCCCCGAUGUCACUGCGCGCGGCUACUCAGUUGGCUAUUCUCGCGUAACUCAGACAGUGCAGACAUGUGCCGCGAUCUUCGGCCUAGUGAGCUGCACCGAUGUGCCGUCCGAGCAGUUCUGCGGAUCCUACGCAGGCAACUGCAUGGUGCCAGUGCUCGACUCCUCUGGUGAUCCAGUCGUGCCGGAGCAGCUGGAGCCCGCCCUCUGUGCCUACACCGGGAAGCUCUGUGGCGAAGAGGCCGAGGUCCAUGCCCAGUUGAGCCCGGAGGCAAUGGGAAUUCAGGUGGUGAACCAGAUGGCCUGCGAUGCGGCGCUGGGGCUUCCUAACGGCACCCUGUGCAACGUCAUCGAGGCGCCAGGUGUGGACCCGGCCACUAUGCGGCCACGCGUCGUCGAGCCUGCUAUCACCCUGACCACAGAGGCUCUUGCCAGGAUGAACGAGGGCCUGGCGGUGGCAGAGUCGGCCAUAAACAUGAUGAUUUGGAUUACUCUUGUGCUUCAGGCCCUCCUCUUCGUUGUCAACUUGGCAUCUGGGCUUUUCAACCUCCGGAAGCAUUUGCGAGCAAAGGCCGCCGCUCAGGCCGAAGCGAGAGGAGCCCCACCCACCUUGGCCACGAAUGCCUUGGACAGCAAGCCGUAG